CCAACUAUGGCUAUAAUAAAAGAAAUACUAUUUUAGUCUCUCAAUCAUGAAGCAAGAUGGGAAUAAACAGAAAGCAGCAGCUGAAUGGGAAGUCACUCACGUGAAGGCAGGAGUAGCUGAUUUCGAUCCAAAAAAACAUAAAAAAGGCAAGAGUAGCUGAACUUUAUUAAAGAAAGAAACAAGGAGAAGGGGGAGAGACUGAGAAACGGGAGAAAGGGAAGAAGCAAGAAAGGAGGAAGCUCUUCCUCCAUUGCAGGCCCUUAUGCCUUCUUGUUCAUCCAAAAUCUUCCAAACUCAAGUUUUUCUGAUGAUGAAAGGCUAUCUGACAUCCAAGAGUAUUUGUUAAGAGAAGAACAAAAGCGACAACUCUAAGAAGCUUUGCAUAUCCACUUCCUCCGUCAUUAUCACCAAAAUCUUCAAGACCGAAUUCAUCAAAGGUUGAGAAGCCUCUACCUUUACUAUAAUGGCUGAGCGUGCUAAUUUGGAACCUUCUUUGAGGGACUUUAUUGUACCGCAAGCAACUGUCCAACCAUCAUGCAUAAUUCAUUCAGAAAAUACAUUGGCCAACUUUGAGUUGAAAUCAGACAUGAUUCACUUAUUGCCCAAGUUCUUCGGCAAUCAUGAAGAUGAUCCUCAUAUGCAUAUCAAAGAGUUCUCUGAAGUCUGCUCAAUCAUGAAAAUUGGAGUAAUGAAUGAUGAGGAAAUAAGAAUGAGACUUUUCCCUUUCAGUUUGAAAGAUAGCGCAAAGGCGUGGUUUUAUUCCUUGCCACCCAACUCUAUCACAACUUGGGCAACCCUUGCUUCAAGAUUUCUACAGAAAUUCUUUCCAGCUCAAAGAACAAGAAAAAUCAGGAAAGAGAUUGUGGAGAUUCAACAAUUAGAUGGAGAACCCUUCCACGAGUAUUGGGAGAGAUACAAAAAAGUUCUAAAUUCUUGUGCAAAUCAUAACAUCCCAGAAUGGCUCUUAAUGCACUGCUUUUAUGAAGGACUUCUUGAUUUAGACCGUAUGAUUGUUGAUGCAACUUCAGGAGGUAGUCUCAUGAACAAGACUGUUGAGCAAGCUAGAGAAACGUUCGAGAAUGUUUCUAAUAAUUCUCUACACAAGUAUUGUGGGGAUUCAAAAAGAAAAAUCAAGAAAGAGAUUUUGGAGAUUCAACAAUUAGAUGGAGAACCCUUUCAUGAGUAUUGGGAGAGAUACAAAAAACUUCUAAAUUCUUAUCCAGAUCAUAACAUCCCAGAAUGGCACUUAAUGCACACCUUUUAUGGAGGCCUUCUCUAUUUAGACCGUAUGAUUGUUGACGCAACUUCAGGAGGCAGUCUCAUGGACAAGACUCGUAAGCAAGCUAGAGAAACGUUUGAGAAUGUUUCUGAUAAUUCUCUACAGUUCGACAAUAGAAGGUCUCCACCUAAGAAAUCUGAAGUUUAUGAGAACAACAGUCUUUUAAUGAUUUCUUGAUGGAGCAAGGCUACGUUGUUGGACCAUGUCAAAACAAUCAAAGGACCAUAUCAGAAUAUAACCCUGCGUGGCACAACCAUCCCAAUUUCAGAUGGAGCGACAACCAGAAUGUUCAACAGGGGCCAACUCAACCAUACGAUCAACAAAAUCAUCAACCUCACGGUCAAGCUCAGCCGUAUCGAGGUCAGAAUCCUACUCGUCCGCCUUAUGGUCAAUCUUAACAAUACAAUCGAGCCGGCCUAAGCCAAGCUUACCAGUAACCUUAUGAUUUCAAUAUUUCGCAUGCUGAUUUUCCUCACAGCGUUCAAGAACUCCAAGAAAGAUCAACAUCUCAAAGAAAAGUAUAGUCCGCCUGCCAAUGAGGCUAAUAUUUGUCAUUUCGACAAAUUCAAAACAAGUAUAGUGCUAAUUUUUCAAAGUGAGAAGAGGAUAUUUGAACUGAACUAAUACUUUUUUGAUCUCAAUUAUCAAUAUUGUUUUGUAUUGUUUGUGUGCAUAUUAAAUCUUAGCCGGCAUAUUUGUGUGGUUUUAUUACUUGGCCUAGGUUUGGAGAAACGACAGAAUUCGAGCUUGAAACAUAUAUUAUGAUUUUUUGUUUUCUACCUCUUCCGUCGGUUUUCUCGGUGGCACUUCCGGACUUGUGGAUGCUUUUAAAGUGCUUUUUUGCACUCCUUACUUGGAUUAUGGUAGCGCUCUCUGUAGUUUGGGUGGCUUGUCCACCACCAUUUUCUGUAUGCCCCUUUGGUUAUCGGUUUCUCUUCGGUGGUCAUGGUCCUGUUCUGGUGGCGUAGCUGGUUGGUUUUGAGUGAUGCAGCAGGAUCUUGGCUAGAUCGAUUAACAUGGAUCUUGGCUCUGGCUACCUGAUGUGGGAAGAUCUGGCCGGGUCAAGGCAGAUGAAGAUGGAUCUUUUCAUUGUAGGAAAUCCAAGGCAUUCAAAGCCAUAUGAAAAUGACCUUAUAAGUGCUGCCCCUUGAUAAGGUGAUACACACUGAUGAGAACAAAUGUUACGUUACCCAAUAAAAAUAAAAGUCAAUGAAAGCAGAAAAUAGGAGGGGAAUAGGAUGAAGUAUGUA